ACUUCUUUUACUGCUUUUGCAUUUUUCAGAGAAGACAGAGUUUCGAAGUUUGUAAGCAGCCGUUUAGCACUUCUGUCAGUACUUAGGUCAUGGCCUGGUGUCUUGCACUUCUGUCAUCCAAAUAAUGUUUCAGGCUUCCAAGCUAUUGUGGAUAUUCUGUAUCUGAGACAGCAAGAGGUCCGAAAAGCAGUAUUGGAACUUUUGUAUGACCUGAUUGAUCUUCCUCACCCUGAAUGGACCGAUGAAUUCAGUGUAGCCUUGGAAGCUGUGGAUCCAGCAAGGCCACAAAGUGGUUGGAAGUUAUCUGAAGGCUUUGUUGCUGCUGAAGGAAGAGCUGUGUUACCACAUCUAUCAAAAGUCAGGCCAAACCUUUCUGAAGUACACAUGGCUCUGCUAAUGUACAUAUUUGUAGAAACAGGCCUUCUGGAGGCUAUUGUUGAAGUUAUUGUUACUUCAGAUCUUUAUAUAUCUGUUCGUGCUACUAUGCUCCUAGGUGUACUGUUGCACAAAGUGCAUCUGUUGCUGCCUCCAGAAUGCUGUGACUUGACUCCAGCCUUGCCCAAUCUCCUGUCUCAUGCUGCUAAUACUGCAGAUAAGGUGUGUCAGCAGCGGGCCUUGGCUGCUGUUGCAGCACUUCAUCGUUUGCACUCAUUACUGAGCAGGCGACCUGCUCCUGCCUCCCUCUUCUUGGAUCAGCUACUGCAGCCAGGAAGGAAAUCUCAUUCACGUUCUCUGCAGCCCACACUGAAGGAUUUUGAUGACAUACUUAGAGAAUCUGCUGUUCUCUCAAACAAGGAUGGUUUCUCGUGGAACUGGACAGUUGUCCGGACAAUUCUUAAG